GUUCCGAGGCUGUUGCGAUGCAUAUACUUAUCUGGGGAAACUGGCUGCUAUGGCUCCUGCUGCAAUCGUCGUUAGACUUUCAGGCUACUCACGCUUUCCCCUCCGUCUGAGUCGCGACGGCGCUCACCGGUCACGAUGAGAUCACCAUGUCCACGCUCAUUGUACUUUGCCUUUUUCCUCAUUGUUUCCCUCGGGAGUCAGCAUACAAACGGCAAGGAGGUCAAUGUGACCGUUGACGACACCGACUUUUUGAUAACGUAUUCUCCUGCGGCAGCCUGGUACACGGCGGACACGGACUGCUCUUCGUGUCUGAAGGUAGACGUUGGGCAGGUCGACGUAUUUGAGAACACAUAUCACGGAGCUGCGAACGUUUUACCUGCGGAAGAUCAGGACGACAAGGAAGGUCAGGAUGAAGACAGCGAUUCGGGCGGUCACAAGGGAAAAAAAGGGAACGCCGGUGGCUCAAAGAAACGAGCCCUCAGGCGAGGUCGAAACGUCUCUAUCCUCCAUCCCGAAGCUCGGGACCUCGAUGACACGCCUGUCACUGCACAAUUUGCGUUCAACGGUUCCGCAAUAUACAUCUACUGCAUAGAGCCGGUAGGCUCCUCGUCGAUAUCACCGACAACUAUGAAUCUUACUUUCACUCUCGAUAAUCAACUCGUCGGCACGUACAUCCACGAGACCUCGAAUACUACGGCGAAGCCUAUUCCCCACUUCAACGUCUUCUCCAAAGAAAAUCUGACGCUAUCUGCGCACGUCUUGCAGGCGUCGCUUGGCGUCAACUCCGUUUUUCUCAUUGACUAUAUGAUAUACACGAAGAACGAUACUGUAUAUCAAGUUCAAUCUGGUAACCAGACAAGCGAAGCGGUAGCGAAAGACCAUGUUGCCACAUUCGGAGGCGCCGUCGGAGGCAGUGUAGGCGUUCUUACGACGCUCGGUAUCUGCAUUUUCCUAAGUAUCUACGCCAGACGUAAAUUUGCAGCUCGACGCGACCGCAGAGAGCGUGCGGCAUCGCCACCUAUGAUGAUAGGCCCAGCGCCGUUCAUUCCACGUUAUUUCCCCGGAACGUUUCCCCCACCCUACUCCCCCUCCUCGACAUCCUCCGUGCAUAGCGACGGCACGACUGAACCGCACAAUCACCCCGAGACAGAAACGAUGCUAAACUACGCAGAUGUGCCCCCCUCCACGCCACCGCCUCAAGAUGGAUUGCCACCGCCCAGUUUCGCUGAGGCUAUAGCCGAUGCAAGAUCCGCGUCGGUGCGAAUACCGACCCCUGGUGCAGGUUCCACAGAAGAAACGGGAAUAACAUUGCCGUCGGCCAAUUCCGAAGUGCCCACAUGAACCCAGGACUCCGUCAUGGGUAAUAGAUGCGAAAACACAGGCAGAGCUAUGUGCGUACAAGUGUGUACUGGUACUAUGAUUUGUAUAGUAGUGUUAUGUCCGGGAUAUUAUAUCCAAGG